AUGGCAAAAAAAUUCGAAUACGAGUUUGGGAAGAAUGAACUGAAGCGUAUUCGAGUGUUUUGUCGGUUUAAGGAAGCAAAAAAUUGUUCGUGGAUGUUAUUUGCCUCUCCACCAAAAAAUGAUAAUAGACUUGAAAUCAAAAGGUUUGUGGACAAUCACAGUUGUCAGCAGCAUGGCAAUAAUGCUGGUAAAUCUAGAGCCUCUAGGCGAUUCAUUGCUACCCAAUUACAACCCACGUUAAAGGUUCGACCGGAUAUACGGCCUAUUGACGUUCAAAAGGAGUUUCUAAGCUCGUAUGGGAUUAGGGUCGAUUAUAGUAAGAUUUGGUGGGGUAAAGAAAGAGCACAAGAGAAAUUAUAUAGUGAUGCCCAUGAGUCCUACGAUCAAUUACGAUGGUAUGUAGAAGAGGUCAAGAAGACAAACCCAGGUAGCUAUAUUCAUGUUGAACAAAAUGAGGGGAGGUUUACAAGGUUAUUCAUAUGCUACGCCGCCUGCAUAAAUGAUUUUUUAUACGGAUGUAGACCACUCUUAUUUUUGGAUGGUACCUUUCUUAAAGAUCGAUUCAAAGGCAUACUCCUAAGCGCCGUAGCAUAUGAUGGAAAUCAGGGGAUAUUUCCAUUGGCGUAUUGUAUAUGCGAUCAGGAAAAUAAUGUUAACUGGAAGUGGUUCUUACAAGGUUUGUGGUCUAUUCUCUAUGAAAGGCCAGAUCCAUACAACCCUCCACACAAGCUAGUGAUAAUUUCAGAUGCGGAUAAGGGGAUCAGAGAAGCAGUUAGAGAAUUUUUUCCAGAUUCUAUACACUCUCGAUGUGUGUUGCAUCUAGUUGAGAACUUCAGGACAAAGUUGAAGGAUUUGGGAUUUCAAAUCAAAAGAUACUCAGAUCUUGGGUAA